AUGUCUGCUCUGCGAGAAGUAUCAAAUCUAACGAACCAGACAUCUAUAGAUGUGAAGCAAAGACAGGCAACCCGUCUUAUAUCCACAGGUAUCCUUAAUUUAGGAACCUAUCGCAGCCUACAGCGCUCUGGCGCGCCAUCACGCGUAUGCCCGUCGCGUGCACACUUCCAUGCGUUAGAUGGAAACUCCGCAACCGAGGUCACACAGUCAGUGGCAUCUCCUCCGUCUUUUCAUUUCCGUGCCGACGUGCGCCAUGCGCGGGAUCCAAUUUACUGCACGGAGUUGAUUGACGACAUCACAGAAAUGUUUUUAGAACGUGAGCAGCAGGCUGUUCGCCGCUUUAACGAGGGUACCGCUGCUCAAAUAAACAAUGCAAGCCAACUGUAUGCCUAUUAUGCAUCACCGCACUGUUUACAGUACCAGCCAGAGGUCAAUGAGAAGAUGCGUAUGAUUCUCAUUGACUGGCUGAUUGAUGUACAUCUUAAGUUCAAGCUGCAUCCUGAAACAAUGUAUUUGACUGUUAACCUGAUUGAUCGUUACUUGUCCUGCAUCAACACAAAGUACAACGCGAUGCUAUACGUACCGCGCUCCCAGCUGCAGCUUGUGGGCGUCUGUGCGAUGUUGUUGGCCGCAAAGUACGAGGAGAUCUGGCCUCCGGAGCUGAAGGAGUGCGUCCAUAUCAGCGCCAACACUUUCACGCGUGAGGAGAUCAUCAAGAUGGAGCGUAAUAUUUGUGCGGCGCUUUCGUUUCGUCUAACUGUUCCCACACCCUAUCCAUUUGUAUCACGGGUGCUGACGUUGUUGAAGGAGGAGGAUUUUUUGGGCCUUAAUUCUGACGAGGAUACUCGCCAUCAACAAUUUAGCUUGCUUCGUCAUGCAACGGGAUUUUUUUUGGAACACGCGCUACUGGACUACAAGUGUCUGCAGUUUACACCAUCACAGAUCGGAAACGCAGCAGUCUUUCUCGCAUUAGUCACCAUUUACAUGAAGUAUAGUGCAGGGAUGGAAAAUAUCAGUGGUGGUGGCAGACGUUUGUGGAGUCUGUCAUUGCAGGAUUACACCAAGUCCGAGCUAAGCGACUUCUCUGGUUGCGCAGAAGUGAUCCUCGAGUUUGUAAGCUACGUUCCUACUACGAAAUAUCAGGCUGUACGGCGGAAAUACAACAGCACCCGUCAUGGCGAGGUAUCUAAGCUUAUGAUGCCCAAUCAACUGCCUACACACUGA